GGAGAGGCAAAGUUCACAAACACGCAGGAGCAGAGCGAGCUGAUGUCUGUGAACCAGCUGAUCGUCCACCCAGACAGAAAGAGAGGGGAGGGCAGAGGAAAGGAGAGAGAGAGAGAGAGAGAGAGAGAGAGAGAGAGAGAGUAUGACUACUGAUGCUCCAGUAAUCUGCACCGUGUGAGUCAGUGCCGUUGAAAGCAAAGCAGCUACAGAGACAGCGACUGCAGCAGCGUGAGCCACGUUUCUUUCUCACGAGAAUCAACAACACCGAGUAGCAGGAUGACAGCACUGAAUCGCUAACCAAGGGGAGGAAGUGAGCACGCCAUAUAGAAAAGGAGUGCGACUGAAGCAGACGUCCGGAAGAGAGAGAGGGGCGCGAACACAAAUCCUCAGCUUCUUUAGGAGAGUCGCUUUUUCUCAGUAAACAAAAAUACAGAUUGACAACUGUGAUUAUCGAAACUAAUCCAGAGGAAGAGGAAGUUCACCGGUAUAUCUCGGAGCGUGGUGUAGAGAUGUCCUGGUUGUCUCCGGUCCAGUGGGCCAAAUGGACCUGGUCAGCAGUGACUGGGAGUGGGGGGGACAACGAGGGGCAGCCAGGAUCCAAGGAUGAUGGAGAGGACAAUUCAGACUCAGAGGGGACCUUUGAGACUCCAGAGGCAGAGUCUCCGGGUGUUGUAAAGCUUCUGAGCCAACUGGACAACUCCAACCAAUCAGGUCUUGCUGAUGUAACAAAUCACUUUCUGGACAAGAACUCAAAUCAGAGUGUGGGUACUGUUUCAUCUCAAGAAGUUGAUUCCUUAAACAAUCUCGCCGGCUCCUCACAAAACGGCAGCAGCUUUGGUUUGGACCAGAACCUUAACCUGACCCUCAGCAGCAAAUCCAGUCCUCGUGAGGGUCUCUCCCCGUCCAGCUUGAUCCCCCAGCCUCAAGCCCUACGGCCCCCGUCGCUGUGUGUCCUCUCCUCGCUAAACAAACCAGAUCCUUCAGAGGUGGACGAUGAGGCUCCAGUGACGUCUGACUCCAGCCCGGACUCAAACUUGAUCCCCAGUCAUGGCAUCUGUGUGGACCCAGAUUUACUUAACGGCAACUUGAACUCAAACACAAAACACAGCCCGAUUAUCUCGAACUCUUGUAAAGCGCAGCAGAACCAGCCCAUCCAAAAGGACCUCAACGAACAGGAUGAGCAUCACAGAGACCAUGCCACAGAUGAAGAGAAGUUGGCAAGUAGUGUCGGUGUCAAACCAGACAAGGACGAGAGCAUUCCAGACUGUCAUGUGACAUCAAAACCUGAGGACUCUGACUGCUGCUCUGUAUUUGAGGACCCAUGCAAGCUGAAGAACAAGUUGGGGGGAAGUGAAAUGCAGAAAACAGGAAGUCAGGUCCUGGAUUCCAUCUGCAUCAGUGAGGCAGAGAAACAGGCUGUUCUCACCCUCAUUAGAGAGGAGAUCAUCACUAAGGAGGUGGAAGCCAAUGACUGGAAGAAAAAAUAUGAGAGCAGCAGACAAGAGGUUGCUGAGAUGAGGAAAAUAGUUGCUGAAUAUGAGAAGACAAUAGCUCAGAUGAUCGAGGACGAGCAACGCAGCAACCAGAGUUCCCAGAAGGCUUUGCAAGCUGUGACGGCCGAGAAGGAAGCAGCCCUGGCAGACCUGAACUCGGUGGAGCGCUCUCUCUCUGACGUGUUCCGGCGUUAUGAAAAUAUGAAGAGCACCCUGGAGGGCUUUAAGAAGAACGAAGAGGUGCUGAAGAAGUGUGCUCAGGAGUAUCUGUCCAGAGUCAAGCAGGAGGAGCAAAGAUACCAGACACUGAAACUUCAUGCUGAGGAGAAACUAGACAAGGCCAAUGAUGAGAUAGCUCAGGUGCGUUCAAAGGGGAGCUCAGAGAGCAUGGCGCUGACCGCCAGUCUGAGGAAGGAGCAGAUGAAGAAUGAGUCUCUGGAGCAAAGUCUGCUGCAGAAGAAUCAAGAGAUCGAGGAGCUCACAAAGAUCUGUGAUGAGCUGAUUGCCAAAAUGGGUAAAAUAGACUGAGAGACAGUUUCUGAGAAUCAGCUCCCUCUGUCCCUUCAGUCCUGGCCAACACUGACGAUAUGCAUGUCCCCCAGCAGAGACCCAGCUCUCAUACCUUUAACCAGCCCUGAAUCAGAGACUGCUCAUGUACAGAUGUCUAAAGUAACUUCCUGUGUACUAAGAUUUCACUAUUUGUCACCAGAAUCAAGAGGAUUCUGUACACGUGAACUGUUAUUUGAGUUGGGACCCUACUAAGUGUUUAAGAUCAUGUUGUUUUGUCUGCAUUUCUGCCCGUCCAUCAUGCCGGCCAACAACCUGCUUGUGACUCAACUUAAAGAGCCCAUAUUAUGCCCUUUUUGGGGUUCAUAUAUUUAAUCUAUGUACCUACUUUUGUACGUUCAUAAUAGCUAAAGUCCGAAAAAAAGUGUCUGUUUUCAUGUACUGCUCCUCCUUGCUCCCUCUACACUCUGAGUCCGUCAGCUACGCUCUGUUGAGCCCACACUGUUAGACCCCACGUGGGCCAAGUCUGCUCUCAUUGGUCUGCCGAUCCGCUCUGUCGUUAUUGGUCAGUUGCUCAGCACGCUUCUCGGAAAUGAGCUGCAGGGCUUGCCACAACGAGCCAAUGGGCUUAGAUCAGUGAUCUCACACUGACAAUGACGUCGCACUGACAAAUUUUUAUCGAGGGGGGCUAGAACCGAGCGUUACAUGCAGCUAAUGCUACAGCUAACAGGAGGACGUAGGAGAAGCUGCGUUUCCGCGGACUUUGAAUUUUUGCACAUAGAUGUGCCUAAACAUGCACAGGACACAUGGAAAACACACUAAAGAGCAUAUAAAACUAGAAAAAGCAUAAUAUGGGACCUUUACAUUCCCAGCAGCCUCUCAUACAGGAUGACUGACCUGGGUGGGUGUGGGGGGCGGGGGUUACAUUGAUGUAUACAGUAUAUUAUGAAGGGGUUGUUUCCCAUUAAAAACAAUCCAUUAAAUAUAUAUUUUUAUGAAGUAAACAAAGACUUUACUCUGACAAAGAAAGCUCAGGGGCUUUGUGUUAGGCGGAAUGAGGUUGAGUCGAGCAAUACGAGAUCUGAAAGAAAAGAUUUAGGAUUGUGUAAGGACGUGUGGUCGUCCAUGGAGGCCUUACAUCAUUCAGCAGUGACGAUGAAAUCAGAAUGAGCCUAUCAGAAACAGCGAUAGCUGUACCUGCUCAACAGUUUGCACAGAGAGUCAGUCACAGACGAGUAUAAAAACCUGACAAUCACAGACUUAGCUGGCACUGUGUCAGCUUUGUCUCAUUGUGUUAUUUGAUUCAAAAAAUCAACUUAAUAAAAAAAAGUAACUAUCCUGUGUUAAAAAUCCAAGCUAACUGGAGAAAAAAGUGAUUUUAGAUUUAUUUGAAGAUAUAAAAAAUGUUUGAAGUUUUGCAAGUGCUGAAGUAUGUCAAUGGUAAUUUGAAUUUUUAAAUAAUCACUGUGUCCCGGAUUGAGAGUUAACCAAAGGAAAAACAGUUUGACAGCUUUGUAAGAGUUUGUUUUCCACUUUGAUUUUAUGUGGAUGUGUUUACACUACAAGUCUCUUUCUUUGCUUGUUUAUUUUGAGACAGCAGAUGCACCAGUGUAACUUUAUCUAGUAAUGAAUGAGGAGGCUUUGGCUUUGUGUCGGGUAUCACUGAAAGUGUUUCAGAACUGGUACCAGUAUGAUACCUGAGUUAUUACUCAGAUUAAAAAAACAACAACACUUUUGCUACUUAAUAAAUUGUCUUUCAAACUUGACAGAUAGCUGGAUAUCUUUUAACUGUUUAAUCAGGGUAACUGUGGUCAAAUAACUGAAACGUUCAGGCCGAGCGUUAAGUUCUCAUUUUUGGUCCUUUUCAGUUUUCAACACUCAGUUUUCGUGAAGUCAGCGUCUUUACUACCUUGUACAUCCUCUUAAAAUUCAAACCCAUUGUUGUGCCACAGUUUAUAUUUGUGCCACACUAAUCUCGUGUUACAUCUUGUUACUCAGCUGCUUAAGUCUUUGUUUUAAGAAUUAUUGUUUUGCCACUUUAUACUUAUCUUUUAUUAUUGUUUUGUACCAGAUAUUCAAAAUAGAAAUGACGGUCUCACAUUUGUGUCGACACAUUGACGCAAACAGCAAGAGUGUGUGUAUAUUUGCCUAAUUAAAAAUAAAUAACAUUUAUUGUA